ACAGGAAGAUCUACGAUACGCGGGGUACCAACGGUGCCGGACCAACGGUCGGGAAAUGUGGCUCCCAGUGGUAAUGGAUUUACGACUCCCCAUCCUCUGUUUGCUGAUAGUGGCAGAAAUAUCCGUAGGCUUGCGAAAUGUCCGUGUCACAGUACCUACGGCGGUGCGAAGGGGCGACUCGGCACAUCUGUUCUGUGACUACGAGCUUGAGGACAAGGAACGGCUGUAUUCGAUCAAAUGGUACAAGGGCAAGCGUGAGUUCUAUCGGUACACGCCACAGGAGAAACCAUCAAUGAAAGUAUUCACUGCUGUAGACGUGGAGCGAUCGUUAUCGAACGAGAGUAACGUUGUUAUCAAAGCACUCGAAACGAACGUUUCGGGAAAGUAUAGCUGUGAGGUGUCGGCUGAUGCUCCGUCCUUUCACACAAUGAUAGUAUCUGGCGAUAUGGAAGUCAUAGAACCACCGCCGGAAAAACCAUCAAUAACGGGGCUGCAGGGCCGGUACCGGCCGGGUGACAUCCUGCGGGGCAACUGCACCUCGAUUAAUUCUAAACCGCCUGCAAAUCUGACGUGGACGAUUAAUGACGUACCGAUAAUCCCCCAAUACUACAAACAGUAUCGACCCAUCAAGGAUACGCACACUGGGCUGGAAACAUCCAUUUUGGGCAUUAACAUUCUGGUUGCCCAUGGGCACUUUGUUAAAGGAAAACUCAAGCUGAAAUGCCAAGCGACAAUACAUCAGAUCUAUGACGAGAGUAGCGAAUGGUACGUGGAAGAGGAUCGACCACGGAUACUGGCGACGGGUUCGUCCAGCGGACACAAUCUUAAUCAAAUCUAUCAACAGUCGGUGUACGAUGGGGAGCUAACGGAUCAGAGCGAUAUGUACCUAACCGUCAAUGGAUAUAAAGCGGAUAAAUCACCAACGUCCUCAUCUUCCGCCACCAAACAGGUCGGCGCAUACGUGAAGGUGGGUUGGAUUGCGUUCUACAUCUGCACCAUCUGCACCGUACUGCUCUACUCGCUGCGAAUCGGCAUCUCCUGACUGUACAACCUGAAGGAAGUGAUUAAAAUAUAAGCUGACAGGGCGCGUGGUCGUGGACGUGGACCUGGACUGGAUGUUCAAACUGUAAGCCGCUUCCCGGCGGUACCACAUCCGCCAAAGGAAAGGAACACGCGAAAGUCUCGCUAAUUGGGACACCGAAUCAAUGUAUCCCAGCCACUAGCAGCUGCAUGCAAGCGGACGAGUAAUAAUGCCUUGUAGAAUGGAUUUCACAAAUGGAACGCACACUAUAACGUACAAUUGGCCUGGUCUGUAAUGUUAAGCUUGCGUAAAUCACUAUGUUCGCUUGCAGUGCUACCACUGAGUAGAAAUGAGUUAUGGUUGUUAGUUUGAAUGUUUUACACAAUGCGUUGUGUUAAGUUUAUAACUAGCGCUAGGCGAAUGGAUUGAGGUACUCCAAAAGCUAACACAACCUGUACAUAUGCUAGCGAUAAGUAGUUCAAUUUGGUAAGUGUACACUAGCGCUGUAAGCAAUGGAGGGUGUACAUUUUUAAGCAAGACAACCCAUUGGCCGCUGAGGAAUCACAGAAAACAGCAAACGAGGACGGAAUCAAAACAUGUAAAUGGAUGAGCGAGGUGUACAUAAAACUAAACUCAAUCAAUCGUGCAUCUUGCAGUACCAUCCAAGUAGGCAUGGAGACUAACGAGCAAGUACAUAACGUAACCCGGCACUAGCAACGGCUCGAUCGUGGUCGGGCCCAUUUUGUAUUGAUAAAUGUGGUACAACAUAGCCGUUACGGUGGAUUGUCAGGUUGCAAUUUAAACAAUAA